AUGUCUGUUAACAAAAACAACGAGAAACCUGGAGAUGGUAUUCGGUCUAUGAGAUCAACCACAGCGUUUAAAGUUAUAAAUUAUGAAUUAUAUGCUAAACCUAAUAUUGUGGUGAUGAGUAUAGGUGCUGCAUGUUUUGGUUUAGCACUUGGUUAUAUAGCAUACAUGCGAAGCAAAUAUGAAUCAAUGGGCUAUUAUAGUGCAGUGGAUAAAGACGGCAAAGAAAUAUUUGAAAAGAGAAAAUCUAAGUGGGAUUAG